AAAGAAUUAGGAAACUGAGCUUUUAGAACAAACUGUUGUUCAUUUUGUGUGCUUCUAGUACUGGGAAAAGAUAUAAUGUAUGUAAGCUAUUUACGCAACGUGCAGAGUUUUAUAUUCCUGGUUAUUUUUCUGGUUUCAUCUGCCAGGACGAGCAAAAUAGAUAGAAGGACAUUAGCCUUUGUUCAUGAACCUUCAGAACACGUGGAUUUCUACAACACAACAGGUGCUGUUAUUCCUUGUACGGCCCGCGGGGAUCCGUCUCCUGCGAUCCGGUGGGAAACAAGGGAUGGAACACAAGUGAAAGACAUUCCCGGACUGAGACAUAUUCGUCCUGACGGUUCGCUGGUCUUUCCUCCUUUCCACGCUGAUAAUUACCGCCAAGAUGUGCACGCAUCUGUGUAUAGAUGUACUGCGUCAAAUGCAGGUGGUGCUAUUGGAAGUAGAGAUGUGCAUGUUAGAGGAAUGGUUAAGCAACCCUAUAAAAUUCAAGUAUUUGAUGAGUAUACCGUGAGUGGAAAUACAGCAGUUCUAAGAUGCAGCAUUCCAAGCUUCAUGAAGGAUUACGUCAUUGUAACUUCAUGGGUGAGGGACGAUUCCAGGACAAUUAUGGCUUCUUCAGAUAGAGGUGGGAGGUACAGCAUAUUUCCCACUGGAGAGCUCCAUAUUCGAGGAGCAAACAUCGAGGAUGGUUUUAAAAGUUACCGGUGUGUUACUAGAAACCGGCUGACUGGAGAAGUUGCCCCAAGCGCCGCAGCUGGGAAAUUAUUUGUCACAGAUGCCCGAAGCAGCGUUUCUCCCAGAAUCACUCACAGCCAGCCGAAAAUCGAAGCAGAAGUGGGACAUUCCGUAGAACUUCCAUGUGCUGCCCAGGGAUAUCCGUUGCCGAAAUAUACAUGGUAUCGCUUUAGAGAUGGUCCUUCGCAUGGUAUUAAAAAAAUUGAUGUAUCAAGCCAACGAAUAAUAGAACUAAACGGAACACUAUUGAUUCGAAAGACUGCAGUACAAGAUGGUGGGAAAUAUGUCUGCAUCGUUAAUAAUACAAAUGGACAGGAAAGAGCUGAAACAGAACUAUUAAUUAGAGAUCGCCUCCAAGUUCGAGCAGUUCCUCCGUCUCAGACGGUUGACGUGGGGAAGACAGCUAUCUUUACGUGCAAUGUCACUGGCCAUCCUGUGCAUGUCAUCAGUUGGCGAAAGGAUAUGGUGCCCGUGCUAUCUUCACGAAGGAUUGUCGUGUCCAGAGAGGAACUUCGAAUUAGUCCGGUCGAAAGGGAAGACAGAGGAAUGUAUCAGUGCUUCGUCUACAAUGACAAGGAAUCUGCGCAGGAUGCUGCUCAGCUUGUACUAGGAGAUGUGGCACCAGUGCUUAAACACACAUUUGAGCCGUCCAAAGAGGAACCAGGCACUGCCCUGUCCCUCAAGUGUAUUGCAUCUGGAAAUCCGCUUCCGCAAGUCACGUGGACAUUGGAUGAUCUUCCUAUUCCGGACCACAUGCGGUUCUCCGUGGGAGAUUAUGUCACGUCCCGAGCGGAGGUUGUUAGCUUUGUUAACAUUAGCAGUUUGCGAGUAGAAGACGGAGGAAUGUAUAGAUGCUUGGCGACGAAUGAAAUAGGUUCUUUGAGUCACUCUGCAAAAAUCAAUGUAAUUGGUCCACCAUUCGUGAGGAUCAUGAAAGACAUUGCUGCUGUUGAAGGUGACGUUUUAGUUGUAAGAUGUCCUGUUGCCGGAUAUCCUGUAGAAGAAGUGUAUUGGGAAAAGAAUGGACGAAGAAUUCCAUACAACCAUCGGCAAAGAGGAUUCAAAAAUGGUACAUUAAUUAUCCGCGAAAUUGACCGUAGGAGUGAUGGCGGCGAAUAUAAAUGUAUUGCCAGAAAUAGCCAAGGACAACGUGGUGAACGAACAUUGAAUAUUCGUGUUCUAACUCCUCCAGUUAUUGAGCCUUUCCACAUACCUGAAGCCAUAGAAGAAGGAGCCAGGUCAAAACUGCUCUGCUCCGUUACCAAAGGCGACCCUCCAAUAACAAUACAAUGGUUAAAAGACGGUAAACCUUUGCCAGCUGAUCUCGAAGUUACAGAAACUGUGCUAGAUGAGUUUUCUAAGGCUUUAUUGUUUCCCAGAGCUGAGCUAAGGCACAGGGGUAACUACACUUGCACUGCGAGAAAUAUGGCUGCAUCAGCAAGUUUUACUGCUGCAAUGGUAAUCCAUGCUCCUCCCCGUUGGAUGAUAGAGCCUCCCCAUACGGAAGCAGUGCUAGGAUCAGACGUGAUUCUGAAUUGUGUUGCGGAUGGUUUUCCGAAACCGCAGAUUUUAUGGAAGCGUGCUGAAGAUUCUUUACAAAGUGAUUACAACACUUUGCUAACAGAUGCGCAUAUUCACACGUUAGUAAAUGGAUCUUUGUCAAUACGCAACGUGGAGAAAACUGAUGAUGGCUUUUAUAUGUGUCAAGCUUCAAAUGGAAUAGGAUCAGGAAUCAGUACAGUUAUUAGUUUGAGUGUUAGAGUACCCGCACAUUUCAAAGAAGAAUUUACAGCUGAAACAAUUCGAAGAGGAGAAAAAGUUGUCAUCAAAUGUCAAGCUUUCGGAGAUAGACCACUUACUGUAACAUGGAAAAAAGAUGGCCAAUUACUUGAAAAACAAGCAGAAAAGAAGUACACAAUUGACGAAACAAUGACAGAUGAGGGAAUUACUUCAGAAGUACACAUUCAGUCAGCAGAUAGGAGAGAUUCUUCUUUAUUUACAUGUUUGGCAGAAAAUGCAUUUGGCAAAGAUGAAAUGAAUAUACAAAUUAUUGUUCAAGAAAGACCAGACAAGCCUUUUAAAUUAACAGCUCACGAAACGUCCAGUCGAAGUAUCACCCUUUCUUGGUCUCCACCGUACUCUGGCAACAGUCCAAUCCUUGUAUAUACGAUUCAAUAUAAAGUAAGCUCAGGCAAUUGGAAAGAUGACUCGAAGGAACUCACUGCAUCUGGCGCUGAUAAUAAAGCUGUAAUAACUGGCCUUUUACCGUCGGUAACUUACAACUUUCGAGUUAUGGCAGAGAAUUCGUUUGGAAAAAGUGACUUUAGCUCUUAUGUAGCCGCAACUACCGACUUGGAAGUGCCUGGUGGUCCACCUUUAAAUGUUCGAGCUGAAGCUAUUGGCAGUCAUACUCUUAGAGUAACUUGGCAGCCAACAGCACCAAAUCUUCAAAAUGGACCACUAGCUGGAUACUAUGUUGGUUACAAAGUGCACGGUUCAUCAAAGCCUUUUACAUACAAGACCUUAGAAAUUACAGAUGUCUUUCGCAACGAAUGCCUUAUAACGAACUUGAAGCGUGUUACAGUUUACAGUGUCAUUGUUCAAGCCUUUAACAGACGAGGAGCCGGUCCGCCAUCGGAAGAAGUUAAAGUGAAGACGAAAGAUAAUGAUCCACCUACAAAUCCUCUUCUGAAUGUUUUAUCGACAACCCAUACAAGUAUUCAAGUUCAGUGGGAGAUCAUGUCUUCUGCUUCAAGUCCAAUUGAAGGUUUUCAUGUGCAUUACAAGAGGGAGUUAGGAGGCUGGCAAGAGAUACGAGUAAGCAGUGAAAAAAGAGACCAUAUUUUUGACAAUCUUCAGUGUGGCACACGAUAUCACUUUUACAUGACAGCGUUCAAUGAAGUUGGUGAAGGACUUCCAAGUGAAGCUGUAACUGCUAAGACACUGGGGGUAGUCCCUGUGGCUCCAAGACAGCAAACCUUUCUGCGAACCAACUCCACCCACGCUGUGCUUUUUCUGAGUGAAUGGAACGAUGGUGGAUGUGUUAUUACAUUUUUUGUGAUUCAAUACAGAUUGGAAACUGAGAGAGAGUGGAUACUAGUUUCUGAUCAUGUUCUCAUGCAACAAGAGCCAUUUAACCUUGAUGGUUUAGUUCCAGGUACAUUCUACAGGCUACAUAUUACUGCACAUAAUGAUGCAGGACCAACACAGGCGGAAUACACUUUCAGUACAAGUAUUUUAAACGAUGAUAACACAAUAGUGCCAGUAAUCAAAGGAGCUAUACCGUUUUACACGAACCUCGCCAUUGUUGCGCCAGUAGUAGUAACCGUUGUUAUACUGAUAUCGGUUUUGAUUGUAGUGUGUGCUCUAAGUAAAAGAAGACGGCAUGAUGAGGGGCAGUAUGAAGACUCACAGAGUAUGAGAAAAGAGAUAAAUACUGAGGCCGUUCAAAUGUCUGAAUACGAAGUAAAAGAAGACGGAACUUAUGUUCAAGCAAAAGAUUCCCUGUAUUUCCCAUCACCAUAUGCAACAAGUCGAGUCCCAGUCUUUUCUUUAGACGAAAGAAGUUCUGGAGAAAGCAGUACAGAUGGUAGAUCUACUUUACACGAAGUAGAAAGGCCUUAUGACGUGCCAUUUGCUGUAAAACAGUCCAGCAAUACAAAGCAUAUGAAAGGGGGAAAAUCCCUAACCCAAUCAGAAGUUGAACACAUGUAUAGUUUUCCAAAUCGACCGUCAGGGGGUCAUCAUCAAUCAACAGGUUCUCAUCGAAAAGAUAACAGCUCUAGUAGACGGUGGUCUGCCGAUGUAGACGAUGAAUACAUGCACAACAGUGAUUCUAGGCCAAGAUCAACUGCAGUGUCCUCUACUAGAUGGCAGUGCGGUACCAAACAAGGUGCUCCAUAUGCUCAAACAUGUCGGGAUGGGUAUGAGCAGGAGGACGACUUCGGAAACCCCUUUCAUCUACCCGGAGCACGUGACUUAGGAGAAAGCAGUGACGCUGAAUGCGAUAGGGACCAGUUUCUUUACGUCCACACCGACGCAGGUUCCUUAUUAAAUGCAAAAUUGCCGUACCAUGUCGCCUUGGGGAAGCAAGUCAUGUUUCCAUCCAGAACAAGAAUAGAAGCUUAA